AUGAGAGAGGUUAUUUCAAUUCACGUUGGUCAAGCUGGUAUCCAAGUCGGUAACGCAUGCUGGGAGCUCUUCUGCCUUGAGCACGGUAUUCAACCUGACGGUCAAAUGCCAUCAGACAAAACCAUUGGUGGUGGUGAUGAUGCCUUCAACACUUUCUUCUCCGAGACUGGAGCUGGAAAGCACGUUCCAAGAUGCGUCUUCCUCGAUUUAGAGCCAACCGUCAUUGACGAAGUCAGAACCGGUACCUACAGACAACUCUUCCAUCCAGAGCAACUCAUCUCAGGAAAGGAGGAUGCUGCCAACAACUUCGCCAGAGGUCACUACACCAUUGGUAAAGAAAUCGUCGAUCUCUGCCUCGACAGAAUCAGAAAGCUCGCUGAUCAAUGCACUGGUCUCCAAGGUUUCCUCGUCUUCAACUCAGUCGGUGGUGGUACUGGAUCAGGUCUUGGUUCACUCCUCCUCGAGAGACUCUCAGUCGACUAUGGUAAGAAAUCAAAGCUCGGUUUCACCAUCUACCCAUCACCAUAAGUCUCAACUGCCGUCGUUGAGCCAUACAACUCAGUCCUCUCAACUCACUCACUCCUUGAACACACUGAUGUUGCAGUCAUGCUCGACAACGAAGCCGUCUACGAUAUCUGCAGAAGAAACCUCGACAUUGAGAGACCAACCUACACCAACCUCAACAGACUCAUCGCUCAAGUUAUCUCAUCAUUGACCGCCUCACUCAGAUUCGAUGGUGCCCUUAACGUCGAUGUUACUGAGUUCCAAACCAACUUGGUCCCAUAUCCAAGAAUCCAUUUCAUGUUGUCAUCAUACGCCCCAGUCAUCUCAGCUGAGAAAGCAUACCACGAGCAACUCUCAGUCGCUGAGAUCACCAACUCAGCCUUCGAGCCAGCCUCCAUGAUGGCCAAGUGCGACCCAAGACACGGUAAAUAUAUGGCUUGCUGCCUUAUGUACAGAGGUGAUGUCGUCCCCAAGGAUGUCAACGCUGCCGUCGCCACCAUCAAGACCAAGAGAACCAUUCAAUUCGUCGACUGGUGCCCAACUGGCUUCAAGUGUGGUAUCAACUAUCAACCACCCACCGUCGUUCCAGGUGGUGAUCUCGCCAAGGUUAUGAGAGCCGUCUGCAUGAUCUCCAACUCAACUGCUAUUGCUGAGGUCUUCUCAAGAAUCGAUCACAAAUUCGAUCUUAUGUACGCCAAGAGAGCCUUCGUCCACUGGUACGUCGGAGAAGGUAUGGAAGAAGGAGAAUUCUCUGAGGCCAGAGAAGAUCUUGCUGCCCUCGAAAAGGAUUACGAAGAGGUCGGUAUUGAGACCGCCGAAGGUGAGGGAGAAGAAGAAGGUAUGGAAUGA